AGAUAUCUGGUUCUCUUGCCGAAGUCUGUCAUGCAUGAUUUAGACUGGUUCCGUCUACUUCAAGCCUCACAAACAACAUGUCCACACCUGAUCUUUCUGUUCAGUCGCUGUUCAAUGUGAAGGGCAAGAUCGCCCUCGUCACAGGCGGCGGUACCGGUAUUGGAAAUAUCAUUGCCUCGGCACUCGUACAGAAUGGUGCAAAGGUCUAUAUUGCUGCUAGGAAGGAAUCCCAAUUGAAGGCGGCAGUGGCUGAGCUUAAUGCCAAAGGCCCUGGUUCCGCAGACUACAUCGUAGCAAACCUCAGCAUAUCUGGUACAGAUGCUCUGAUAUCCGCUCUCGAGGCCCGAGAGCCUGUGAAGAGAUUACACAUCCUUGUGAAUAAUUCAGGCGUCUCGUGGGGGGUGUCCUUCGAAAACUUUCCAGAAGACAAGGGGUGGGAUCAUGUUAUGGCUGUGAACAUCAAGAGCUUGUUUUACUUGAAUCAUCUGACAUCAAUACUGGCCGUCAAGUUGGGACCACAGAAGAUCACUGUUAACGCGAUCUGCCCUGGGAUAUUUCCCACAAAGAUGACGGCCUUUGGAUUCAAGAACGCAGGCGAGAAAAAAAUCUUAUCUCAACAACCAAUGGGUCGUGUUGGCUGCCCUUCGGACCUCGCUGGUCUCGCGCUUUUCCUUACGUCCCCCGCCAGUGCGCAUGUCACAGGUGCACAUAUCCUUUUGGACGGUGGUGCAACAUUAUCACGUCAAGGGAUUGCACCGCAGGUUCAACUAUGA